AUGCAAGUAUUGAUGACGGGAACGAUGCGAGUAUUAGCCACGUGCUGGACGUUUCUCCUGAUCGCUUCGUUCAUAACUGAGUCCGUGCUUGCCAAGGGCGGCCGUGGAGGCGCACGGGGGUCUGCACGAGGCACAGCUCGCGGUGGAACUGGGGGGCAUUACCGAAGUGGAAGUUAUGGAGGCACACGCUCGCGGUUUAGGGCGGCAGGGCGCAGCUCCCCAGUGCGCGUUGCAGCUGCAGCAGCAGCCGGUGCAGCGGUCGCACUAUCGGCUGAUAACUGGUAUGCAUCUGCCUUCCGCAACAAUAAAGUGGACGACAGCUCUGAGUACGAAGGGGACUAUUACAACAGGACAAACUACUUUAAUGCCCAAACAUCAAAAGCCACUCACAACGAACCCUCGUUUACUCAAAUCUUAUCUGUCUUUAUCACUAUAAUUUUGCCUAAAUAUGGACAUAUCUGGGAGAGUAUGGAUUAA